AAGCGGAGAGCCGUGUCGCGCGAAGAGAUUGUAAUCAGCACCGUUUCUCUCCCCCGAUAUCGCACCGUACAAUGCACACUUUCCUAUAAUAUUUGCUCCUCACAGACUCGCGUCACACUUCACUCGAACCUAGCAAGUUUAAACCUUAAACCACACCAGCACCGCGGUUCCGACCGCCUUCGCAGUUUCCGACAUGGCUGCAUUACCCCCCUUUGUUUCUUGUUUGCGGAGCCAUUUGCAACUUGUCACACACACGCGAGAUCCAGAUGGACUUGAUUUCGCAGUUCCCGCAAUUGUUGAAAUAUCAAAGUGACGAACAAGCACGCGAGUUUUUUCUGUGGCAAAAGAAAGCGGCGGCCGGAUGGAGUGAUCGCCACCACGUUGUUCCACCCACCCAAGUUGUGUAGAGAGCUCGCGGUACAGCGUUCCUGCUUUUCACCGAUUGUGUCCUGUUUCCUUCUGCCUUUCCUUUCCGCUAGUCUCUCCGUUCUCUCUCCUGUUUCCCAGCGCCUGUGUACACGCUCCUCGCCAGCACGGAAAGACGUUUCUGGACAGCGGCAGCUCGACAAUGGGGGUAGUUCCUGGAACAAGAACCACUGAGAAUGGAAGCGCGGCUCCGCAGCGACGAGUCUGUCGGAGAAAAUCGUGAAUUGCAGGCGUCCCGAGAGAGAAGACACGGUUUCUGAGCACUGAGGAGGCCAGGCGCGGUUCCGCGCUCUGUGCCAAGGUCUUGUUCCUGACACGGCUGCCCGGUUUCCUGUGUCUGUGUUUGCAAUCUCGUGUAUGAGACAGCCGACUCAUUUUCCGGCGAAUUCUUCGACUUCUCCCUUCUUCGCCGCACUCCCCUUUCCACUGCCGUCUUAGAAACCAGAAGCCAGCCGCGUUUCUCACAACGUUCAGAACUGGAAGAAUACCCUGUCUGACUUGCUUCUGGUCCAGGCGCUUCGUGCUCUUGUGCCCCCGUGAAGAGUCUCUGAGUUUCUCUCCGCGCUGUUUUCCCCGCCGCGUCGCUUACAGCGUUCGUCCUCACCCUUGUGUCUUGGACAUUCACCCACAGUAGCGAGCUGAGGGACUUCCGGGUGAAUCCAGCACAGGAUGAAACUCACCUGAACGCCGUCAGUCCCGCAACUGUGGCCCGUCAGUGCUGGACGCCGAAACCCAGUGCACCGCACCCGUGUACGCUCAGCAGUUUGCCGUUGCGGCGCUCGCGAGAACGCCUUGUUAUUUUCAUUUCGAUCUGUGUGUCUCGUUCCGGUUCCCCAACUUGUCUGGAGAAAGGCGAGGAAAGCUGUACACUCUUCGAGUUCGCCCUUGACUGUCCGUGACGCGUUCUCGACUGCCUUCCUGUCCGAUGUUUUCGCGAGCUGCUGUACAGACGCCGCGGCCCGCCGUUUCAUCUAAUUUUCUGUUUUCUGUCUCCCUGGACUCCAUUGUAGUUCGCAGCUCUUCGUUCUUGUCCUUUCUUCAGUCCCGGUCGCCAAACAAACACCUCUUUGGCCUCACGGGGCCCGCCGCCGUCUCCUCUCUCUGCCGUCCGCCUCUGCUUCCCGUUUGCCCUGUCUUCUCCUGAUCGUCGAUCUCUCCGUCGCCUCCUUCUCUUCUCUCACUCACGUCGCCUUCAGUCGUAGCCGCCGUCCUCAACUUCGCUUGACCUUGAGACUGCCUCUUCUCCUGGCGCUCGCUUCGUUUCUGUCUCUCUCUGGCGCCCUCCACCUCUCUUCCCUUCGCUCUGAGGAUGCUUGCUUCACCUCAGGGCGACCCGGAGACAGGUGUCUCCCCUGUCUCCGAUGGAGCGUGGCGCGCCUCCGUGGGCGGCCGUCCUCGCCCCGACACCAGCGAUCGCGGCGAAUCGGACGCUGGAUGCACUGCUCGCACCGCGACUUCGCCGCCUCCGAGGAGCCUCCCGAGAAUUGCCGUCGUGGUUCGCAAGCGCCCUUUGAACGAAGCAGAGAGAAAAAGAAAUGAGGCAGACCUCGUGCAAACGCGCGGCAGAAAUGCAGUCCUCGUCGACGAACCCAGAGAGAAGGUGGAUUUAACGCCUUACGUCAUGCGUCACGAGUUCCGAGUCGACUUCGCCUUCGACGAGAAGAGCACAAACGACGAGGUGUACAGAGCAGUCGUUCGGCCCCUCGUUGAGGCCUGCUGUCUCGGAGACGCCAAUACCUCCUGCUUCGCGUAUGGACAAACGGGAAGUGGAAAAACCUACACGAUGCUCGGUCCCCAGCCUUACGGACGCGGUGUUGAAGCCGGCGUCUUUGAGCUCGCGGCGGAAGAUAUCUUCAAGUGUCUCGAGGGUGGCGAGAAGGACGCCUUCGUCUCCUUCUUCGAAAUCUACAAUGGAAAGCUCUUUGACCUGCUGCAGAACAGGAAACUCGUUGCGGCGCUGGAGAAUGGAAAAAAGGAGGUGGUUGUCCGCGACUUGCGGAUGGAGCAAGUGCGUGACAAAGAGAUGCUGUUGUCGAAGAUGAUCGAGGGCAUCGAACUCCGGAAAAUCGGCGUGAACUCCGUUAAUGACGAAUCCUCGAGGUCCCAUGCGAUCCUUCAAGUUAUCUUUAGAAAGAGAAACUCCGGCGAAGCAUGUGGCCGCAUCGCCUUCAUCGACUUGGCCGGGAGCGAACGCGGCGCCGACACUCUCCAACACAGCAGGCAGACGCAGCAAGACGGCGCCGGCAUAAAUCGGUCGCUUCUCGCGUUGAAGGAAUGCAUUCGAGCGAUGGAUCAAGACAAAGGUCACAUUCCCUUCAGAGACAGCGAACUGACCAAGGUUCUUCGCGAGAUUUUCGUGGGUCGGAGCAGUCGCAGCGUGAUGAUCGCGACGGUGUCUCCAUCAACAUCUUGCUGCGAACAAACGCUGAACACUCUUCGCUACGCGUCUCGCGUUAAGAAUUUUCGUCAAACUCCACCGCAACCCACAGCGGUGGUCCCUGCCUCUUCUCCCUUGCCACCACGGCCAUCUAGCAGCACAGCGGAGAGCUCCAGUCUCGCCUUCAGUCGGUCGAUCUCCUCGGCGAACGCUGCUGCUCGACAAGCUCGCGCGUCGCUUCCCUGCAUGCAUGCCGCGUCCAGCGACGGUCUCGGGACUCUGGCGGAGAAACUCCCAAAGAGUGGCUUCGACGAGCCGCACUUGGGCGCGCUCGGAGAGUUUCCGACCCCACAUCUCGCGGAGGCAACUCAUGCCCUCUCGCCUCUCGAAUCCGGCUCGCCGUCGCGUGUCUCCGCGAAGGGCGCACGAGCCAAGGGCGAGGGCCUGGGGCGCGCGGGAAGCGCGGCGGGCCCGCGGGCCCAAGGCUCAACGCGGUCGCGCGCGCGCCCGGAGACAGUUCCGGCGCGGUCGAGUUUGGAGAAACUUCACGAGGAAGCGUCGAGCUCGAGCGACGCGCGCGCAGAGACAGACGCGGAGAUGCACGCCAGCGGACCGCUGCGCCUCGCUGCAGGACUCGGCCCAGGGGUCGCCGCAGGCGCAGACGUCCAGAGAGACAGGAGCAGCUUGAGCGCGAGCACUUGUGCGCCGAGCUCUUGUGAGAGACUCUCGAGCUGCGGCAGCGCCCAGACGGCUCAGAGGCGAGCGGCGAGCGUGCGACCAAGCCGCCCCGCAACUUCGCAGGCAUCGCCGCAGCUUGAGCGUCGAGGCGGCGAGCCAAAGAGCGCAGAGGACGCGGAGCCGAGCGGAGAGAGAGACAAGAGAUACAGGGGGGCCUCGAGUGGCGGUUCGGUCGCACGACCCGUGACGGGGCCUGGGCCGAGCCUCGGGAUGGGCCGUCCGUUGACGCGGUUGCAAGCGUCGUCGGGAAGCAGCGAAGAGUUUCGGAGCUCGCAGGACUUGGACGCCGAAGAGGGUGAGAUGGAGAACGGGCCUGCGUUUCUGGCUACGCGCUCGACGUCGCGGAAACUCGCCACGGGCUCCAGAGCCGCCCCCGAAAGAGCCUCGCUGCUGCCGCGGCUCCGCGGGACUCGCGCGGCCUGCGCCUCACCCUUCGGAGCCUCGCGGACGUCCCUCGGAGCGGCUUCUCCGGUCCCGAAUCUUCCGGACUCGGCGUCUCCCGACGUUGAGACGCUGGGCUUCGGCUCCGAGCCAAAGACGACGCGCGGGCGCGGCGGCGAGGCCUUUGAAAUUUCUUUGGGGAGUGACGGUGGGCGUAAGAAGGGUGCGUUGCGCGCGGCGCUGCCCAAGGCCGAGGAGAGUUCCAGCGAGGCGACCCCGCGCAGCGAGGGGCUUUCCGCGACGCGCCUGUACAAGACGACGCGCCUGCUCGGGAAGCCAGUCGCGCGCAGCCGCGGCCUCCGAAGCGCAACGGCAGUCUCGGAACCUAACGCGCAGGGUGUACGCGAGAAGCGGAGUUCGGACGUGGAGAAGGGUGACUCGUCGUCGAGCGAGAAGGACGCGAGUGCACCUGGGAAGGCGCGAGGCGGUGGGCGGCCGGGGGCGGCGUCGACGCCGCCUCUGAGUCUCCUGAGAAAAUCUUGGCUCCGCGCGAACCACGAGCAACAGGCCCAGGACGGCGCCCUCGUCUGUCCGGACGGCAGCAGCAUCAUCUUUGUGCCGCGACACGGGAGAGCUCGCGAGGCCUCGCCCCUCUCGUCGCGAGAGAAGAAGCCUACUGCCACUGCCUUGGCGCGCUCUGUCGGCCCCAACGCGAGUCCGGAAGACGCGGAGAUGGCCGAGCGUGCAGACGGCGGUCUCGGCCUCUCGAAGAAGCGUCGCGAGGACGAGGCAGAGGCCUGCGGCGACGCGCGGCGCGACCAGCGAAGUGAAGACGCCGCACCCCGAGGAGCGCGCGUCACUGUGCCGUCCUACCUUGUCGACAAGGAGGAACUGAGACCCGCGAGCGCGGCCGUUCCCCCCCGCGCGGCGGCAUUUCCGUCCAAGCUCCCCAGGCCCUCGCCGGGGGCGCAUGCGCCGGGCCUCUCGCUGGACGCCGGCCUCGGAGGCGACAGAGAAAAGAUAAAAAGUCCUGUCGCUGUUGCCCUCGACGCUUCCUCCCAACGCCUCCUCGCCCACCUCCUGCCGCGCGCGGGCUUCCGCGGCGCCACACUCGCUUCGCCCCGGCGCGCUCCCGAGCAGGCGGCGGCAGGCGAGCGAGGCGAGGCUUCAGGUGAUGCCCCUGCCUUGGUCAAGCGGAAGAAGCAGGGUGAAGAGAACGCGCGGGAUGCGUGCGUCGCGGAGUCUGCGAAGGGAAGCGCUCGCGAGGAACGCAUUCACUUUGGGUGUGGGCGAGAGCCGCAGACCAUUCUCCAGGAGGCCUUUGCAUGCAACGCCGACUACCACAACCUCGACCUCGCCGAACUCGACAGACUUCAAGACGCCGUCGCCGAUCGAAGGGACACAUGCAUGCAGCAGCUGCUGCAGCUUGCGAAGAAACGCGCGGAAGAAGCUUCGAGUCGCCACGGCAUCAAUGAAAGCCAACAGGACAUCUUGGUCUGCCGUCUUCAUCAAGCGAAUCCAGGAAGCAGCGAAUUUGGCGAGUACAUGAGACAAAGAAUGGAGGCAGACUUCCGAAAGCUGCUGGCGAUGCGGCAGCUUUGGGUCGAAGCAGAGGAGCUGAGGAUGCUGAAUCGCCUCCUGACGUCGGAGUAUCAAACGAAAUCGGGAGCGGCAAGGGCUCCUGCCCCCGGUGGGGCAUUGCCGGAGGCAGGACUGUCACCGUCCUCUCGCAGGCUGGGGGCCGGCGACGGAGACAGUGCGUCGCCGUCUUUCUGGAAGAAACCGGAUCUUGAGACGGCGAGAGACGUUGAAAUGACAGAGGCCUUUUCUUCCCCGCCGCUGCUCUCCGGGUGUUCUCCCGUCGCAGAGAGCGGGAUUUCUGCGUAGAGCGAGUCUCUGUGGCUUGCUUGCGUUCGGAAUGGUGGUGCUUGCACCGUAGACUCAGGCGCGAAAUCCUGAACGCGGGAGUUCCACAGAAAAACCAAGGGCGCCUUGCCACCCACGAGACUACAUUUUCGAGAGCCACAGGCGAUUCUAAAAUUCGUACAAAGACAAUAGCCUUUGUGGCGUCAGGGACCGGAAGGACGCGAGCGGCUUUUCACCCGCAUGGCGGUUGCCACUCCGCAUUUGCGCCCAUCGAGAAAAUGAAAAACGUUUUCUACUCUAGCAACUGGUAUAGAUGUAUAGAUGGUCGAGGGAGGACGCCGUCUGAAGAAUGUGCCGGUGUCAACGUUUGCAACGGCGCGUAAGAAGUCCAGUGGUUGCCGUAGGCGUAGGAUAGAAAGGCGUUGUCUGCCCGAAGGGUUCAGAGGGCUGGAAAAGUUGAUUGUCCUGUUUCCCGCUCGUCGCAGCUCUUUUUUUCUCGACACUGCAUGCACUGGGAACUGGAAACUCCACAGUCUGCAGUGGAUUUGCGAUUUUUUCCGUGGGGCAUUUGCCAACAACUGCCGCUUCGAGUGUUCUGGCGACGUCGAUUUUUUACUGCGUUUUUGUCGCACCCCCAGUCGACUGCCAUGUUUCUUGUGAAGAUGUGUGGGUUAUCGUCAAUGUGGAAUUACGUUUUCCUGGAGGGGGCGGGUGUGGGUGGCGUCAGACUUCGUCGCCUCAUCUCAUCGCAAAAUUGGAAGGAACUUGGGUGUCACCUUUUUCCCCGCAACGCUUGUUGCCUUCCUGUCCGUCUCGUGUUCAUCGAGACAUGGCGCGGAGACAGCGACUCUUUGAG